UAUAGUGUGUCACUUCCUGUCAAAAUCGCGUCACGCGUUUUUUUCCGCAGACAAAAAGUUAGUUUUAGUAUUUAGGGGCAGUAAAUACGGUUUAAUUCAUACAUAAUUGAGUGCGGCACGGUUUUUACAACGCGUCCGCUCAGGUUUUCUACACGGAUGCAUCGCAGAGAUGUGGAUAUUUUGUGAUUAAAAUUUCUCCCCAUCUGAGAUGUCUCAAACAUGAAUGAAGGUAAUUCAGCAGGAGGGGGGCAUGAAGGGCUAAGCCCGGCCCCUCCUGCUGUGUCAGACCGCGUAACUUUACACUCUACGGAAAAAUCAGUUGCACUCCCAAAAUUGAACACAAUUACAACGGCGGCUACAACAACAACAGUGACCAGCAAUAGAACAACAGCAGCAGCCCUACCGGCUUCCCGCUACUUAGCACAACCGAAAGGAGUCCGCAGUAUCAGUAGACAACACCAACAGCAGCAGCUGCCCAGUGCGCAGCUGCCUGUGCCGCUGUCGCCCUUGCCGCCACAACAGCAAACGACAGAGGCAACGGCAGCCACGCCAGUAGCAGCACCACCUACCACCACAACCACACUCGUCUCAUCCGCCCACUACGCCACCACGAGCAUCAUAGAAGCCUCCGCCUCGCCGCCGCAGGCCAAGCGUCAGCGUUUUGACAACAGUCCGAACUCCAGCCCGGCGAGCAGCAGCAUUGUCGGGACUGCCAGCAGCAACAUUGUUGGCUCCCUGCUGCCGGCUUCUGUGGCCUCCAGCAGCGAAGUCGGUGGGGUAUCUUCGGAAGCCCUGCAAGACUCGAAUGCGCUCAAGAAGCGCAUUCUCCAGCAGAAAUUGCAGAUUUUGCGUACCCUUAAGGAAAGGCAUCUUGAAAAUGUGUCCGAAUACUUUUACCUACAAAACGGCGGCAGUAUGAUGGACUACCCUGCGUGGCGUAAAAAGACACCAACCCCGCAAUUCAUCAGCUACAGCAAUGCAAAUCGUAUAGAUCAGCUGGUACACGAGGAUAAACCUAGCACGUCAGCGGCAUCCGGUGCGGCCCAAGCCCAGAGAACUCCAAUUCCGCAACAAGCAACACUGGAGACGACGACGACGACGACGACGGUGAUUAGUGGAACAAGCAACACCGGGACGACUGGAAAACAGGUGGACGGAAUCAGCAAUAGCACAGUGAAAGCGAAUACGCAAUCUCAAUUGCCAGAAAAGAUUGGCAGCAGCACUACGGUAGCUCCCGCAGCGGCAGGGGCAGCAGCAACAGCAACUGUAAGCCACUCGACGAGCAACAGAAGCAGCAGCAGUCCCGCCCCCGCUGCAACCACACCAGCAGCAAGCACAUCUACCACCACAACCACAAGCGGCAGUCUAGUCGAGGCAAGCGGUAAUGUUCAUCCACCGGAGGCGGAGAUCAAGAUUCCAGCCGUGGGCGCCACACCAGUGGCCAUUUCAACAAAACUACCCGCCGCUGUUGUCCAGCUAACGCAGCAAGGUCACAUACCCGGUAGACCUUUAGGAGGUCGUCACGGUAUGGUCUUCGGUCAAAUACCCGCUCCUCCUGCUGCCGUAGGAAAUUCUUCUGUACCUUUGGUGCCAGGUGGCACUCCACUGGUACCCUGCAGCACCGCAGUUGGCUCGACGACGCUCCGGCGCACCCAGAGCCACAAUAAUGCCGGAAGUGGCAGUGGAAGUGGAGCCACCGCAACGGCAACGGCGGCAGGCACUUCUACGACGCCGCUGUACACGGGCAAUGGUCCGGCGAGUAGCGGCAGUGGAGCCAUCACGCCUGGCACUCCAAGCGGGAGCCUGCUCAGCCCAGGACUAGCCCUGACUGCCGCUGGCACACCGACCAGUGCGGCGCAGGAGUUCUCGUUUAAGGCCAAGCAGGAGGUGUACGUGAUGCAGCGUAUAUCCGAACUACAGCGAGAGGGAUUAUGGACUGAACGGCGCCUGCCCAAGCUGCAGGAGCCGAGCCGGCCGAAGGCGCAUUGGGACUAUCUUCUCGAUGAGAUGGCCUGGCUGGCGGCUGAUUUUGCCCAGGAGCGCAAGUGGAAGAAGAACGCGGCCAAGAAGUGCGCCAAGAUGGUUCAAAAGUACUUCCAGGAGAAGGCCAAUGCGGCCCAGCGGGCCGAGAAGGCCCAAGAGCUGCACCUAAAGCGAGUGGCCUCCUUCAUUGCCCGCGAGGUGAAGUGCUUCUGGUCGAAUGUGGAGAAGUUGGUGGAGUACAAGCACCAGACGAAGAUCGAGGAGAAGCGCAAGCAGGCACUCGAUCAGCAUCUCAACUUCAUUGUCGGCCAGACCGAGAAGUUCUCUCAACAGUUGGUGGAGGGCAUGAACAAGAGCAUGGCGGCCGACACACCCAGCCUCAGCCUCAAUUCCAGCCGCCUCACCUCGCCCAAGCGGGAGUCUGAUGUUGAGUUUCGGCCAGAGUCUGGCUCUGAGGACGAUGAGGAGACCAUUGCCAAGGCGGAGGAGGAGGCGGCGGACGUCAAUGAAGAGGUGACGGCCCUGGCCAAGGAAUCUGAAAUGGACUUCGACGAUUUCCUGAAAGACUUGCCUCCCGGAUAUCUGGACAAUCGUGAUAAGCUCAUAAAGGAGGAGGAGCAUACCACCUCUGCGGUGAAGAGCGAGACGCACGACGAGGAAGACUGCGAAGGCGACAGUGAGUUCGAGGCGAAGGAGGCAAGCGAAGACGAUGAGAACACCAUCAGCAAGCAGGAGGAGGCCGAGCAGGAGAUCGAUCACAAAAGGGAGAUCGAUGAACUGGAGGCCGACAACGACCUGCCGGUUGAGCAGCUGCUGAAGAAGUACAAGUCUGGAAGAUUCAGUGAUCGGUCGCCCAGUCCCAAGCGACGCAAGCUGGAGCCUUGUAGCGCCCCAGAACUCGACUCAGAUGACGAUUCCACGGCAGUGGACGAGAAUUCCACUGACGGCAGCGAUGUGGAUGCCAGCGAAGAGGAUGACGACGAAGAUCUCUCCACGAAUGAAACCGAAACGGAAGUGGAGGAGGACGACCAGGAGGAUGGCCUCAAGAGUCUGUUAACAGAUGCGACUGUCGAUGCGGGCGGAGCAGCAGCGACUGCCGGCAGUGACAGUGCUGGUGCUGGGGCUGCUACUGCCGGCGCCAACAAAGACGACAUGCUCAAUGAUGCCGCCGCCUUGGCCGAGAGUCUCCAGCCCAAAGGCAAUACCCUGUCCUCCACCAAUGUGGUAACUCCGGUGCCCUUCCUGCUGAAGCAUACGCUGCGCGAGUACCAGCACAUCGGACUCGACUGGCUGGUCACGAUGAACGAGCGCAAGCUGAACGGCAUCCUGGCCGAUGAGAUGGGCCUGGGGAAGACUAUUCAAACGAUUGCCCUGCUGGCGCACCUCGCCUGCGCCAGAGGCAACUGGGGACCGCAUCUGAUUGUGGUGCCAUCGUCUGUGAUGCUCAACUGGGAGAUGGAGUUCAAGAAGUGGUGUCCCGGCUUCAAGAUACUCACCUACUACGGCUCCCAGAAGGAGCGCAAGCUGAAGCGCGUCGGCUGGACCAAGCCCAAUGCCUUCCACGUCUGCAUUACCUCCUACAAGCUGGUCGUCCAGGAUCAGCAAAGCUUUCGCCGCAAAAAGUGGAAAUAUCUAAUCCUCGACGAGGCCCAAAACAUCAAGAACUUCAAGUCGCAGCGUUGGCAGCUGUUGCUCAACUUUUCCACCGAGAGACGCCUGUUGUUGACGGGAACCCCGCUGCAGAAUGACCUAAUGGAGCUGUGGUCUCUGAUGCAUUUCCUCAUGCCCUAUGUGUUCUCCUCACACCGCGAGUUUAAGGAGUGGUUCUCCAAUCCGAUGACGGGCAUGAUCGAGGGAAACAUGGAGUAUAACGAGACUCUGAUAACGCGUCUGCACAAGGUGAUUCGGCCGUUCCUGCUGCGACGCCUCAAGAAGGAGGUGGAAAAGCAAAUGCCAAAGAAGUACGAGCAUGUGGUCAUGUGCCGUCUGUCGAAUCGCCAGCGCUACCUGUACGAGGAUUUCAUGAGUCGCUCCAAAACGAGGGAAACCCUGCAGACGGGCAAUCUGCUGAGCGUGAUCAAUGUGCUGAUGCAGCUGCGGAAGGUGUGCAACCAUCCGAAUAUGUUUGAAGUGCGUCCGAUAAUAUCGCCGUUUCAAAUGGAGGGCAUUACAUUCCACACGCCGCGUCUCGUCUGCGACAUAAUGGAGUAUGACCCGUUCACGCAAAUCAAUCUGGAAACUGUGAAUCUCCUGCUGCUGCAUCUGGAGGAAACAUUAAGCGCGUACGUAUCGCACAAGUGCCGCCUGCUCGUUCCGCCACGCAAGUUGAUCGAGGAGAUCGACAGCGCCCCACAGCCACCACCGCGCUGCCCCAACGGCAAGUAUCGGUUUCACAUACGAGUGCGAAGUGCGGAGCUUGCGCAGCGGCUCAAACUGAAUGCGGUGCGAGUGGGCGCCAGUCCGGCCAUGCGGUUGGAGGGGUCCAAGAUUGUGCCAAUGCGCACCCUCUUGCCCGGUGGAAGGAUCAUGAAGCGUAUCGGUGGUUCCAUUAACCCCAUUAAUAUGGCAUUAAAGCCGGUUGUGAUCAACAGCGUGAUUACGACGUCGUCGACGACCACAACCACUAUAGGAGGAUCGGCAUCCUCUCCGGGGGCAGCGCUAAACGUCUUGGCCAACGCCAAGCUGAUGACUGCACGCUCCCAUAUGAAUGCCCCAACGCCGGCCAAGGUGACCAAGACGAUGCAGGAUGGAAAACCCUUUUUCUACCUCACGCCAACCACAAAUGCGGGGGGAGCCGGUGCCCGCCUGACUCUCACCAGCAAGACAUCGUCGCCGUCGUCUGUCACAGCGGGCGUCAAUGCGAGCAGCAUUUCGGGGACAGCUGCCGCUAGUACAGUAUUAACAUCUCAGCAGCUAAUCAAGGAGCCCAUUGUCAGGGAUCUGGCGACGCAUGUGAAGAGCACGGCGCAGAAACGGAGAAUAGCCAAUGGAAGCACGGGGAUCGAGGAGCAGGAGGAGGAGGAAGCAGAGGAUCCCUACAAGGUCCAGGAACUCAUUCAGAUGCGCAAGGAACAGCGCCUGGCCUCCCGCAAGCGCAUGGCCACGAUCAAUCGUCGGCGUACCGAUGCCACUCCCAUCUAUGGCCACGACUGCCGCGAGGCCAUCCAGCGGUGCAUGCAGUCGACGCGUACCCUGCGACACUCCACGUGGCAGACACGGAGCUUCUCCAACUGCUGCACGGCUAUGGCCCAUCGCGAUGGAUGGUCCCUCAAUCACCUGCUCAAGACCUUCGAGCAGAGGUGUGCGGAAAUGGCGCCAAUCUUUAGUAACUUUGUGAUUUAUGUUCCUUCGGUGUGUGCUCCGCUGAUCCGCCGCUACGUCCAGAAUCUGUCCUCCACGCACUGGCAGUACGAGCGGCAGAUCGAGAGCAGGGUGGGACAGACCCUGCUGCCAAAGCUGGACCUUCUGCAUCCCAUUAUCUCGGCAAUGACCACACAGUUUCCGGAUCCGCGGCUCAUUCAGUAUGACUGUGGCAAGCUGCAGACCCUGGAUCGUCUGCUGAGGCAGCUGAAGGUCGACGGCCAUCGCGUGCUGAUAUUCACGCAGAUGACCAAGAUGCUGGACGUGUUGGAGGCCUUCCUCAACCACCACGGCCACAUCUACCUGCGACUCGAUGGCUCGACGCGCGUCGAGCAGCGUCAGAUCCUCAUGGAGCGCUUUAACGGGGACAAACGGAUAUUCUGUUUCAUUCUGUCCACGCGAUCGGGCGGCGUUGGCAUUAAUCUGACGGGCGCCGACACUGUCAUCUUCUACGACUCUGACUGGAAUCCCACCAUGGAUGCGCAGGCGCAGGAUCGAUGCCACCGCAUCGGGCAAACGCGCGACGUGCACAUCUACCGCCUGGUGUCCGAGAAGACCAUCGAAGUGAACAUCCUCAAGAAGGCCAAUCAGAAGCGAAUGCUCAGCGACAUGGCCAUCGAGGGCGGCCACUUCACCACAACCUUCUUCAAGAGCUCCACCAUCAAGGAUCUAUUCACAAUGGAUCACACCGAGCAGGACGAGACCUCCACCACCACCAUCACCCCCCAGGAAGUCGUCAAGUCCGAUGAGAAGACGGAGAGAAUUGUCACGUCGACGACGACCGCGACCGCCGUUGUGGAAACGGAGAAGCAGUCGCUGCGAGCAUUUGAGCACGCCCUCGCUGCCGCCGAGGAUGAGCAGGACGUUCUAGCCACCAAGACGGCCAAGGCCGAAGUGGCCGCAGAUCUGGCCGAGUUCGAUGAGAAUAUUCCCAUUGCGGAUGAUGCCAACGCCGAGGCAGGCGUCGGCUCCUCUCAGGGUGAGAUGAGCAAGGCAGAUCUGGAGAUGCAGAAUAUCGUCAAGCAGCUGUCGCCCGUGGAACGCUAUGCCAUGCGGUUCGUGGAGGCCACUGGAGCUGCCUGGACGGCGGAACAGCUGCGCGCCGCAGAGGCCGAGCUGGAGGCACAGAAGCGGGAAUGGGAGGCCAAUCGACUGGCUGUUAUGCAGAAGGAGGAGGAGCUACUCAAGCCGGAGGCCGAGCCUGAGGAAUUGCUCACCUACAGUCGCAAGGAUUCGAGUAAUCAGGUCUGGAUAUCACGCAACACCAUGGAACAGAUGCCGAUGUGGUGCCCGCCCACGCCGCCGCAGGACAGUGAGAACGACAUCUACAUAGACCACUCUCUGUCGUUUAUGUACGACCUAGUGCCAAUCGCGGAGCUGGACCUGCCGCCCGUCUACGUGCGCAAGGAGAACAAACGCUCGCGCUCCGAGGCCGGCUACGAUGGCAGUCGGCGCACCAACAAAAUGCGACGGGAGGACAACUGCGCGCCUCCCAAGUCGCUCUUCGAUCGCCCGACGCCCCAGCUCUCGCGGCUGCGUCGCGAGCUAAAAAACCAGCGCUUCCGCGGCAGCUUUAAGCCCAACUCCCCCGUACUGGGCAUGAAGCCACAGUUGCCCGUUAAGCCGUUGACCGAGCCGGAGGCCAUGAGCGAGUGGUGCAUCUUCGAGGACAUUGCCAUACUGCAUGUGCUGGUCAAUCUGCAAGGCUUGCCCUGCAGUCUGGUCCAGCUGGCGCCUGGUCAGACGCCCAACUGGGACCUCGUCUCGGAGAUGGUCAAUUUCUGCUCAAAGACAUACCGCUCGGCCAGGCAGUGCCGCUACCGCUACGAGACCCACAUUCAGCCGCGCGAGGAGGGCAAGGUGGUGGAGAGCCCCAAGAAGCAGAAGAAACUCAAACCCACCCUGCGCACCGAGUACCUCAAGAGCCCACUGCGCUACCUGCGCACCACCCAGCUCUAUGCCAGCGACAACAACGCCUCCUUCUACAAGGUCAUGCGCUCCAGAUUCGACAGCAUCAAAACGGCCUACCUAAAGAAGGCCCCUCCGCCGAAGCGACAGUUCAGUGCGCCCAGCCUGAUGAACCCCAAGCACAUGGAGGUGCUGCAGGAGUUUGGCAUACAGAACUAUGACCAACCCGUGCCCCCGCAGAACAUUGCUGCCAUGAAGGCCAACAAGAUCCGGGAGAAGCAACGUGGUGGUCAACAGUUGCUGCCGCCGCAGUCCCAACAGCAGCAACAGCCACAGCAACAACAGCAGCAGCAACAACAACAACAACAACAACAACAUCAGCCCCAGCAACAGGCGCCGCAGAUGCAACAGCAGCCCCAGCCCCACCAACAGCAGGUACAGCAGCAGCUUGCCACAACUUCACCCGUUCCCCAAACUCUUCCCAUACAACAGCAGCAGCAACAGCAGACCGUGGAACUGGUGCAGCAGCAGCAACAGCCCAUCAACACGAACACAACGGUGGCGGUUCCCUCCGCCGGGCAGCUGCAGCAGUUGCAAAUCCAGCACUUAACCAGCGCCAACGUAUCGCCCGGCCAGCAGACGGCCAUUCUCCUGCAUCAGCCCCAGCAGCAAAUGCGCACUCACCCGGGACAAGGCCAGCAGUCCGCCACGCAACAGCUGGUGAAGACCAUUGUGGGAACCUCUUCCAAUCUGACGGCAGGACAGCUGCAGCAGCUGGCCCAACAGUCGGCCGCUGCCAACCCGGGCCAAUCCAGCGUCAGCGUGGUGCUGACAACGCCCGUACAGAGUCUGCCGGCCGUUGUUCAGACACAGUCUGGCAGCGCAGCCCAGAUCGUGUCCAUCUCGUCACAGACCACGCUCCCCGUGAACAGUUCCCCGCAGCUAGGAAGCAUUGUGCAGACCCAGACCCUGCCCCAGGUAGUCUCCGUGAGCACACUGCCCACCGUGGGUUCCGUGCUGACCACCACUGCCAGUCAACAGCAGCAACAGCAACAACAGACCACGGCAGUGACCACACUUAACACCGCCAUGCUGCGGGGUCAGCGAAUUGUGUCCGCUUCCACGGGAAACACGCUGCAGCAGCGAACAAAUGCAGCCGGACAGUCGAUUGUGUCCGUUCCCAACCUCGGCCAGGGCGUCAGUCCCGCACAGUUCCAGACGCAACUUCGUCUGGCCGCAGUGCCCACGUCCCCAGCCACACAAACACAGCUGGUGACCACCAAGGGCAUUCCAGUGACUGCCCUUCAGCAGGGAGGGAAGACGACGGUCAUUCCCGGAACCCAGCAGCCGGGAGGCGCUCACAUCCAGCUGUAUCGCCAGCGUAGCCUCAAGGUGCUGCAGACGCAGUCGGCUCCCGUUGGUGGGACAGCAGGCGGUGGAGUGGCCACUGCCAAUCUGGUGCAGACAGCGGGUACCAUCAUCCAGGCCGGCAACAUGCCCACCCAUGUGACCAGCCAGAAGGUGGCCGUCUCCGGAAUGCCGGGAGCUGGCGUCGUACAGGCGGCCAACGUCGUUAGCAGUGUCCAGAUGCACGGCCAGGCCCGGACGCAGUUCAUCAAGCAAAUGGCCAGCAAGCAAAGUCUGCAGCGUCAGGUGAUAUCGGCGGACGGCAGCACCACAUCAGCGGCAGCCGGAGACAUGCUUCUGGUUAAGCGACACAGCAUACUGGCCACCCAAAAGGCCCAGCAGGCGACGGGCGCCCUCUUCACCACCACCACGGCCGUUCAGCAACAGCAGCAACAGGGACAGCUGCCAGUGGCCGGACAGGUACAGCCCCAGCAGGUCACCCAGCAGCAGAUUGCAUCCCUGGUGAAGGCCUCCACGGCGGCGGCAGCCAGCGGGAGCAGUGUGAGCGCGGGUGGAGUCACAGUCUCCGCCACGGGUCCCACGGUGCAGGCGGGAAGCGUGAACAUCCCUUUGCCGCAGCUCAAGUCCGGAAGCCAGAUCAAGGUGACCAUGCCCAUGCGGCAUCUGCAAAUGCAGCAACAGCUGACGAUGCCGCGCAAGAUCAGCCGAAUGACACAGCUGGUAAGCGCCAGCGGACAGCCAACGGCCACCAACAUUGUGUCCGGUCCCCAGCCGCAGCAGCAGCAGUCUGGCGGCAUGACCGUCACCGGUGGGGGAACCCUGCCCACGGUGGCAGGCCAACAACAGCAGCAGCAGAAGGUGACAACCGGUGGAGGUAGUGUCCAGGCCCAGCUGUUGCACAUUCAAAACACCAAGACGCUGCCCAGCUCGGUGACGGUGCAGCAGUUCCAACAGGUUAUGCGCAGUGGGCAGCAGGGGACGUUGGCCACCACGAAUCUGGUGCUGGGCAAGACUAGUGUCGGACGGGUCAUACCCGUGUCGGUGGCCUCGCAGGCCAAUCAGCGGCAGACGAUCCAGGUGGUAUCGGCCGCCUCUGCCCAGGCCCUUGCUGCCGGCAGCCUGCGCACUCACGUGGGUAGCCCAGGCAUUGCCAACGCCCUGAAAGUGGCCGCUGGGGGCCAGACCACGCAGCAGACCCUGAUUGCUGCUCUGCAGCACAAUCAGCGGCAAAAUGCCAGUCCCGUCCGGCUGCAAACCACUGCCGGUGGGAACCUGCUGGCAGUUGUCCAGCAACAACAACAGCAACAUCAACAACAACAACAACAGAUACAACAACAGCAGCAGCAACAGCAUCAGCAACACACUAGCAUCGCUGGGCCCACAUCGGGGCCCGCCGAGGUGAUGACGAUAACGCAGACCACCACUACCUUGCCAACCGUGAGCGGUCUGCAGCAGCAACAGCAGCAGCAGGGCGGCAUGUCACAACCCACAACGCAACAGGUACGCAAGCUGGUACAGAAAAAGAUCAUGAUACGCAGCGAGAAAGAAUAACAUUUAGCGCAUAGUCGGUCGCAAAGAGCCGCCAGGGCACGCAAUCGGCGGAGCAUCUCGAGCAUCACCUCCACCGUCGCUUCCACAGCCAGAGCCACCACAAAAACCACCAAUUCAAACUCAAACUCGAACUCCAGUCCCUACUCCACAACCACCACAAGCACAAGCAUCACCAACUCGAUCAACUGCCAAACAAUUUGAAUCUUUCGAAUCAAGUUUCGACCAAAUUCCGAACACUCAUACCACGUCGAUCUUCAUGCAUUCAAUCAAUUAGUCAAAUAGUUCAGUCAUUGCUAAAUUGAUCUCAAUUUCUGUCGAUUGGUUUUGCAGCCAUGAGCGAUGGCGAUGGGCGAUCGCUCGACAGCUGUGGAGGAUUUGGAAAAGAUCGUGCUGAUGACGAUGACGAUCGCUUCAAUCAGCUCGGCGUGGCCGCCGAAUUACUUUUACCAAUCAUAGUGUACCGUAGCCUUAGUUUAAUUCGCAAUAACUCUUAAGUACCUAUAUUAAUUACUGGCAAACUGCCUGCUUUAAAUUAAACUUGUAAAUUGUAGUCAUCUAAGCUCUCCCCUCGCCCCCCGCCGUAUGUACAUUUGUAAAUCCAUCAAAUACUACAUACUACAAAUUAAUAAAUGUACAUCUAUUUAGACUAUAAUUUACUUAUGCUCUAGUAUAAUGAACAAAUUACAGAAAUAAAGGAAAAAUAUAAAGAUA